AUGGCCACAAAGGCAGCUUACAAGCGGCUGACCCGCGAGUAUCAAAACAUCCAAAAGAACCCUCCACCUUUUAUUAUUGCACACCCUUCAGAGUCAAACAUACUCGAGUGGCAUUACAUCCUCACUGGUCCGCCCGGUACUCCAUAUGAAAAUGGCCAGUACUGGGGCACUCUGAUGUUCCCCCCCGAAUACCCUUUUGCGCCCCCUGCGAUUCGCAUGCACACCCAAAGCGGUCGAUUCCAACCGUCCGCCCGCCUCUGUUUGAGCAUUAGCGACUUUCAUCCAAAGUCGUUCAACCCGGCGUGGGAGGUUUCGACAAUUCUCAUCGGACUCCUCUCCUUUAUGACUAGCGAGGAAAUGACCACCGGAAGCGUGAGCGCCUCUGAAGCGGAAAGACGAGUUCUUGCUGCACGCUCACGCUGGUGGAACUCGACUGGCGGAGGUACGCACAUCAGCACCACUCCUGGCGUGACUCCCACUUCGAGGGGGAUCAACAAUGUGAAAGCGGGCGAUGGAGGCCUAAAGUUUCGCACGGAAUGGCCAGAGAUAGAUCAAGAGAACUGGAAGUGGCUCAAGGAAAAUCGCAUCGAUACCGCGACUGGGCAAUUAAGACCCGACCCAAAUGCCGCAUCAAACAAAUGCUCUCCGGAAACUAGCGCACUCCGCAGACGUCCCAAUGGCAGCGCCCCAGGUCUCGGAGCUGUCGUGGGAGGUGGCAAUGCUGCACGAGAAGUCGGUCAAUCCUGGCUUCAGCGCAACAAGGUCUGGGUCGGCCUUGCAGUCUUGUUUGGUUAUGCCCUCAUUUCAAGAUUGGUGCAGGAUGUCCAGCGUUGA